UUCACUUUGAUAAUCCUCUAACCCCUUUAAUUUUCUCUACAAUUCUAUUUUCUUGCUUGUUCAUUUGGUUGGCCUUCUUUUGUGUUUGGUUGGCUUUUAAGGAAUGGCUGUUUAUGCCAUCUUUUGGUGUCUUAGCAUGGUGCUGCUUCAGAUGGUGACAACACCUUCAAUAGCUAUGGGGAACAGACCAAGAUUUCCUGACCAGGCUUGGAAGUCAUUGAGUCCUCCACCUGCCGAUGACCCUGAACCGGAAAAAUGCCGAGGAAAAACAUGGGCUGUCCUUGUGGCCGGUUCCAAUGAGUGGUAUAAUUACCGCCAUCAGGCUGACGUAUGUCAUGCAUACCAAAUACUGAAAAAAGGAGGCUUGAGAGAUGAAUACAUUGUAGUGUUCAUGUACGAUGACAUUGCCAAUAAUCAAGAAAAUCCCAAGCCUGGUGUCAUCAUCAAUCGACCUCAUGGGGAUGAUGUUUACAAGGGUGUUCCCAAGGACUAUACAGGGAAGCAUGCAAAUACUCAGAAUUUCUAUGCUGUGCUCCUUGGAAAUAAGACGGCUUUAACUGGUGGGAGUGGGAAGGUUGUCAACAGUACAAGUGAAGACAGAAUAUUCAUCUUUUACUCUGAUCAUGGAGGCGCAGGAGUCCUUGAGAUGCCCAGUGGUGAUCCUCUUUAUGCUAAUGAUUUCAACGAGGUAUUGAAAAAGAAACAUUCCUCAGGAACCUACAAAGAAAUGGUCAUAUAUGUUGAAGCAUGUGAAAGUGGGAGUAUCUUUGAAGGUCUAUUGCCGCAAAAUUUAAGAAUUUAUGCCACCACAGCUGCCAAUGCACGAGAAGAUAGCUAUGCUACAUACUGUUCUUUUCCUGACACGGCAACGGGAGAGCCAGAAGUUUUUCCAUGCCUAGGGGAUUUGUACAGUGUUUCCUGGAUGGAGGACAGUCAAUUCUUAUGCAGCGAGUCUCACAACCUGAAAAAAGAGACAAUAAAACGGCAGUUCAAGAAGGUCAAGGAGAGGACUUCCGACAACCACACCUAUAUUGGUGGUUCUCAUGUCACGGAAUAUGGGAACACGAGAAUGCAUGCUGAGAAGCUGUACUUGUACCAUGGGUUCAAUCCAGCCACCAAAAGCUUCCCUCCAAACGAUACAGACUCCCCCGUCCACAUGGCCGUUGUAGAGCAGAGAAGUGCGGAUUUGUUCUUCCUGCGGAAUCGGUACAAAAGAAUGAAAGAUGGCUCUGCAGAAAAGGUUAAGCUCCUCGAGCAAAUUACCAACACGGAGAAUUACAGAAAACAUUUGGAUGGGAGCGUAGAUAUCAUUGGAGCUUCUCUGUUUGGUCAGGAAAGGAGUCCUUCAGUUCUUACUCAUGUCAGGGCACCCGGUCUGCCUGUUGUUGAUGACUGGGAAUGUCUGAAGUCAAUGGUUCGAGUUUUUGAGACGCACUGUGGUCCGUUAACCCAAUACGGGAUGAAACAUAUGCGGGCAUUUGCAAACCUUUGCAACAGCAGAAUCACCGUGUCUGCCAUGGAGGCAGCUUGUAAGUCUGCAUGCAAGGGUCAUUACUUGGGGAGGUCGGAUCCUGCAAAACGCCAUAUUAAUGCCUGAUCAAAGAAAGGCUUAUAGGCGAUACAAUACUCUCGUAAAACACUUAUAUAUUAUCUUUAGAUAAUCAAAAUCUCCCUUUAAUCUCCUGAAUUUAGUAGUGUGUCCUUUAAUUUCCGAAGUGGCAUGGUGUCGCAGAAUCCCUUGGAGAGCUCGAAAAUUCCAAUAAGAACUCUAAUUACAAGAGAAAAAAUGAUCCAUUUCGAUUGCAAUAGGAUAUGCAAAUUCGAAUAAACAUUUUUCCUGCUUAUCUUGUCAAAGAUAAGAACCACAGGACCACCAUGCAGCUUUCAUGAACAUAACGCGCAGUUUUUGUCAA